AUGUUUGUAGACUUCACUUUUUUCUUGAUAGGCAUGCAGGCACCGAAGUUUUGCGUUCGUAUACAUCCCUGGCGUUUUUAUCACUCACAAAGAUCAGUUUCUCGCUUUCUGACCACAUUAUCGCGGUUGCCCGAAGAUUUAAGGGAGCGAUUUGAUGCCUUUAAGAAAAAUACAAUAUCAAAAUAUGAAAAUGUCAGUAAACUCAUGACUUCUGGCGGGAGCGACGGUGAUAUUUUAUCUUUAUCCGCGAGUUGGAAGGAGUUAAGACCAAUAGUAGACGUAAUAGAAGAGCUAGAUAUUCUUCUUGAAGCUGAUAAAGAAGUUGAAAAACUGGUUGCAGAUAUUGUCGAUUCUGAAGAUUUAAAUGAUCUAAAAUCUAUUGUCGAGUUGGAACGCCACCAAAGAAGUCUUCAGCGUCAAGCAUUGGAAAAAAAGCUUCUUCAUUUUCUCCUUCCAAUAAAUGAACAUGAUUUGGAACCAUGUCUUGUCAUGGAACUAUUUGCUGGGGCUGGUGGCAGAGAAGCCGGAUUGUUUGCUCAUGAUUUACUAAACAUGUAUCAUUCUCUUGCAAUACAACGAAACUGGUCUUUUUCAAUUCUUCAGGAAACUGUUAUGUCAACUGAGGAAUGUGGCCCAUCUCAGAAUGAAAAAUCUCUUUCAUAUGUUCGUGUUGAAAUUGAAGGUAAUCCCACUGGAGAUUCUGGUAUACUCUCACUUGGUGCUUAUGGUCAGUUAAAAUGGGAGGCUGGUGUUCAUCGGGUUCAACGAGUUCCUGUAACUAGCAGUCAGAAUAAGAUCCAUACUAGUACGGUAGCCGUAUCUAUACAACCGAAGUAUGGGGACGUUGAUAUUGAUAUUUCUGAAUCGGAGUUAAAAUGGGAGUUUCAUAAACCAACAGGUCCUGGGGGUCAGAAUUUAAACAAGUCAACAAGUGCUGUUCGUUUAACACAUUUGCCUACUGGUAUCGUUGUAGGAUGCCAACGUGAACGGCAACAGCAUAUUAAUAAAACGCUUGCUUUGGACAUGCUUAAAGAAAGACUUCGUGAUAGUCAGUUAAAAUUAAAGUCUCAUACAGUUGAUUCUAUUCGUCGAUCUCAUAUAGGAAAUCUGGAUAGAUCAGAAAAAAUUCGAACAUACAAUUUCCCGCAAGAUCGUUUAACAGAUCAUCGUCUGGGACAAUCUAGAAAUAAUCUACAUAGAUUUAUGAAACAAGCUGUUGGACUGACUGAACUUAUGGAAGAUUUGUACAUGCACGAUCAAGAAAAAAGAUUGAGAGAAAAGUUGAGUACAGUGGAUCAGAAGGUUUAA